AUGAAAACAACUAACGAGCCCUCUUUAUUCAAAUAUAGAGUAUCUAUUUCAUUAAAUUUAAAUUAGAUUCUAGAGUAAAAGAACAAGAAAGUUGUUUUAGAAGCUGAUGAAGACUAAUUCAACCAAUUUACAAAUGCUCUCUCCAUUUUAUAAAAGUUUCAUGAUGACAUAAAAUCCCAAUUCAAUGCAGCUUCUUAACAUUAAAAAAGGACUAAAAAUCCUAUUUCCAUACAGGCCAUCAAUUCUGAUUCAGAGAAAUCAAAUAAUUAAUCUUUUGCUAAUCCCAAUCCUGACAUUAAAGAGGAUUAAGACUUUCGCAGGUAUCUUAAUUAUUUAAUUUUAUCUAGACGUAUACCUCACUUCUUUUUAUCUCGUUUUAAGAAAUGGGCUAAAAUGUUGGAACAAGAUGCAGCUUACAAAUACCUCCAGAAUAUAUAAGAAUCCAAGGUUAUUUAAACAUAUAUUUAUUAAGACAUCAAAAUAAUAGCGGUUUGAAUUGGGUGAUUUGCAACGAUGUUUUCAAGUUUAAGUAAACGAACCCAAAGAAUCUAAGUUAUGUAAGAAUCUCCUUAAAGAUUUAUUUAUUUCUUUUCUUCAAAAUGAAGCUACUCUUUAGAUCAUUCAUUAUAAUAAAAUUAGUUCAAUCGAAUAAAAAGUACAAUAUGGAAUUCAUUCUAUCUUAGCAUAAAUAUAUUUCAGAAAUUAAGAAUAUGAUCCAAGAAAUGUAUGAACUUAAACCAUUUGAUUCUUAUUUGUCAUCAGAAAAGAUCAAAGGGAAGAGAAAUGUAAAUAAUAACAAUAAUACUCAAUCUCCUCUUAAAGAAAAACAAGAAGACUUAAGAGAAGAGUUCUAAAUUCCUUAAAUUCAUGAAAAGUAUUCUAAUGAAAGUUUUAAAAAAUAUAACAAUGCUCCAUCUUUGGUAAAGAUGAAUAGUUUUUAAUGA